CAUUAAUUCCCAUCUUCAAACUUCCAACGGCUACAUACAUAACUGGUUACAAAUAUAACUCACUAUUCUUUAUUAUCCGGACUCACUUACGAAUGAAGAGGGGGCUGAAUUUACUUCCUUUGUUAUCCACUUAAAUUUUGAUAUUACUCCCAAAGUGAUUUUAUUACAAAUAUUUAUUAUUGAGAAUUGUGCAAAUUUAACUGAUCGCUAACUAACAAUUAACAACAUAUUCCUCUUGAAUUCAUACAUAUUUUGUGAAGCUGUACUUGUUUAUUAAAAAAAUAUUAAGAAACGUGGAGAUAAGUAGAGUGAGAAAUGGAAGCCACUGGAGGCAACAAUUGUCCUACGGAUCCUUUACUUUGUCCCGAGGGAAAUGUGGAAAUGGUGGAAAUUAAUGUCAACUCGGUAUUCGACAUUGUCAAAACGGGACGGAACCAUGAAAAAUUGAAGGAUUUGUUGAACUCGUUAAACUUAAACGAUGUGGAUUCUGAUGGGAAAACUAUUUUGCAUCAUUCUGUAAAAUUUCCGAAUCGAACAAUUGCCGUGGAAAUGACCACGGAAAUAUUGAACCACUGGAAAAACGUGAAGAAUUCUACCCCUCCGGAUUUUGUUAAUAUGCAAGUUGACAAUCACCAUCACCACAAAAUCCACGGAUUCCAUCACCAUCACCAGAAACAAACUGCGCUUCAUCUAGCUGCUGAAUCCGCCAGUGAAAAAUGGUCAUUCUUUUAGGCGAAUUUGGUGCUGACGUGACACUUUGUGACGAUAAAGAUCAAACCCCACUGGAUUUGAUAUACAUAAAUCUGCCGAAACUAACAAUCAAGCACUUUAAUACAGGAGUGAAAUAUGAUGCAUCUCAUGAAAAGAUUGAGCUUGAUUUUAAUACCCUGACAAAUAUUAAGGGGAGUAAAAAUGCGGGAAAUUUGCUACAAGAAACUCGAAGCUUUGAAGGAUUGCUUAAAGAAAGCCCGGAAACGGUGAAAGAAGUUCUGAAUCAUCCCUUGAUGCAAGCCUUUCUCUAUUUCAAAUACCAAAAGGCAUAUCCGCUUAUUAUUGCUUCGAUUGGGAUACACAUUUUCUGGCACGCCAUCUAUGCCUACUUCAUAUUUAACGUGUACUACACAAAUUGCCCAUGGCUCUCUAAAUCUUCUUCAAAAGAUAACUCCACUCCGGAAGAAAACAACCCGGGUGUUACCCAAAUCAACUGUGACCCUGACAAUUUUCAACCGCAAGAAUUAACCCUGGCCGUGACAUGUUGGCUCCUUUGCGUCCUAUUUUUCGCUAAAGAGCUCUUCGAAAUGCUGACGGUGCCAAGUUGGUCGAGAUACUUUUUCGAAUUGGAAAAUAUUGGUCAAUUGUUUGUUAUUGGGUCAGUCUUCUGGACGUCGUGGCCCGUCUACGAAUUCAUCGGUGGCGCCGAGAAGAUUUCGAUUAGCCCGUGGCAGUACAAACUGGCAUGCGUGACCGUCUUCAUCGUCUGGUCCCUCGUGCUGGGUCAAGUUUGCAAAAUCCAACAGUUGCGAAUCCUUAUCGAAAUCUUUAUCAAAGUUUUCAAAUCUUUUUUCAAGUUCAUUUGCACCUUUGCCUCGUUACUGUUUGCCUUUGCUUUCUCCUUCUGCAUUAUCAUGCCGGAAGGGAAAGCGUUCAAAUCGCCGUGGCUCGCAGUUCCCAAAGUGCUCGUCAUGAUGACGGGAGAGCUGAAUUAUGACGACGUUUUUCACACCGAAGAUGACGCCACCGGGGUGUCGCCCUCUCACUACGUUACGACUCAAGUUUUAUUCUCAUUGUUCACAAUUUUGAUGUCGAUGAUCCUCCUGAAUUUGCUGAUAGGUUUGGCCGUGACGGAUACGCAGGAAUUACGAGCCAACUGUCAUUCUGCCGAACUUUCGAGCAUGUUGGAAGAGAUCUUUUUGUUGGAAUCGUUUGCAGCCAGGGUUUAUAAAGUGGUCAAAAUUCGCUGGUUUUUGGACACUUUGUCAAUCCGGAAGAAAGAUAACAUUUCAUUACCUGAGAGGGGUUGGAUUUUUAAGAUGUGUAGCAACCAGUUGGACACAAAUUUGGAGCUAAAUGGACUAAUCUACAGUUAUUCUUUUGCGAAGAAUGAAAAAUUCCCAUUUCCUUCUGGAUUGAUAGAAGAUUUGCGAGAUUUGGCAGACUUGAAUUCUUUAGCUGCAUUAAAGAAAUAGAGUGGGGGUCUUAAUUACGAUAAUUAAUUAGUAUGCAAAGCAUGACAUUCAGAAUGGUUCAUUCAUUCGUAGU